AUGAGUUCGGAAUCUCUUCUAGCGCAAGAAGGCCGUGAUAAUUUUGAUUUUGAAAGGUAAUUCUUUAAGAAAAAAUCGUACAAUGGAGGCGCGUGCAGAGCACCAAAAAACCAAGUUGUUUAAGUCGUUAUACGCUUUUGCGACUUCCAUGGGUCUCGGAACUCUAACCUUAAUAUUAUUUUGGAUUUUACACUAUCGUAACGGUUUUGCAUGGCAAUCAGAUCCGAAUACGCAAUUUAACUGGCAUCCAUUCCUAAUGGCUUUAGGCAUGUUCUUUCUUUACUCACAAUCAAUUUUAUCCUACCGUACAUUUCGCUACGUUGCCAAACGUCGCCUGAAACUCCUACACGCCGGCAUUCACUUGUUCGCUUUCGUAUUCUCGGUGAUCGGACUCAAAGCCGCUUUCGAUUCCCACAAUUUAAAAAACCCGCCAGUCCCAAACCUCUACACCAUGCACUCUUGGAUAGGAUUGGCCACUGUCAUAAUUUUCAGCGCGCAGUAUGUUUACGGGUUCGUAAGUUUUUUGUACCCGGGUUUGUCGCAAUCUUACAGGCGCAUGUUCAUGCCGGCUCAUGUUGCCGUGGGAACGGGUGGUUUUGUCAUGGCAACCAUCUCGGUUUUGACCGGUUUAACCGAAAAAACCGUGUGGACUGUGAAGGAUUACUCAGAUUAUUCCUCUGAAGGGUUGAUGUGUAAUUUUAUAGCGAUUUUUGCGGUUUUUUAUGCUUUAAUCGUUUUAUAUAUGGUUAAUGAUGAUGACUAUAAACGUACUCCACUACCUGAAGACGAAAUGGUUCUUUCCACGACAAAUUAA